CGUUUGCGAUAGAAGUGAAGUCUUUUUGGCCACACGGUCUACGAUUUAGCUUGGAACAAAAAUCCUGGUCUUCUGUGUUCAUUUUGAUUCCCAUCGCUUGUGCCGAGCUCGAGCAGCCUCCUGCUUCCACUUUGCACAAUCUCCCUGCGUUCAUCGUGAUUGCUCAUGAUCCGCGUAUCGGCACAUCUCGGAGUGAUAUUUGUGCAUAGUGCAAGUACUCAGCACGCACACGAGUGGUGACAUUACACGUGAAGAUCAGUUCAUUUCGGGAGAGCCGGGCUUUCGUAUCGAGGAGAGGGACUCCUGUAGGCCCUGUUACAUUUCGCCCGCGAAUGCCAACUAGCAAAUGUUUCUUCCUUCGUGAGAGUGGAGGAGAGAAAGCAAGGUGCAGGUACGUCCAUCGUCAGUCACGCUGCUGAACUUGCGACACGGGAAAUGGACUCCGCAGACCAGGAACCGGAGCUUCCCCUUGCCAUCCAGGACCUUGUACAGCGUCUGGAAGGAAAAGGCGAGCCUAUAACGCGGCUUCCCAAUUUUAACCGGCCAGAAUUUCUGAAGUUCUUUCCGGAGCGUGCAUCGCUCUCGACGAUCACAGGGUGGCGAAGCCAAGUGCGCCUUCGAGUGCUGGAGGCAAUCAUCAGCUGUAACACCGUUGAGAUUCUGGACGUGCAUAAUAUUUGUGGGGGAGAUGUAUCCAGGUUGAUGGCUAGCGAGUGGGACAUAGUUUUGAGAGGAUUCAUGUAUAGCACCGUUCUACGAAAGAUAAUCGUUGAAUAUCAUUUAGGGGGUUCAGAUGCGGAAGUGGAGACCUUGUGCUUACAGCUAGGAAGGAUUCUGAAUACCUCUAGCAUAACAGAAUUGAAAAUAUGGUGUUGCAGAUUGAGUGCCAGAUGUUGGUUGAAUCUCGCCUCAGGACUACGAGGAAACUGCGAUUACAAACUCCAGUCUUUAGAUUUAUUUGAAGCGUGGAAUGACUCGAGUGCGGUGAAGCAUGUGGCUGAGAUGAUCAACAGUGCUCCUCAAUUAGAAACGCUGCGUUUAGGCGGCUAUUAUCAGGACAUGGAGGACGAGGCCGUUGGAAUCUUGUCCCAGGCUUUGAUUCAUAGCUCGUGUUUGAAAGAAUUGAAGUUAGGAUGUGCGGUGAAGUGGGGACCGGCCUUGUUGCUGAAAGCAUUCACCGGAGAUGAGGGAAACCGAUCCAUUGAACGGGUUAGGCUUAGGCUUAUGGAUAGACUCGGAGAAUGUUUAAGGGAACUUCUUAUUUCCAACCCAUCAUUGAAGGAAGUGGAGUUGUCCCACAUCCAAAUGCGUCCGAGGGAAUGGCACCAGCUCGGCGAAGUCAUACGUGACAAUGCUAUAGCGACCACUAUACUUGUUAAGUUUGACUUGGAAUAUCAUGACUGGAAGUCAGUAGAAGCUCUUGCUCGUUCUGUAAGCUCCGAUGUCAAGGACCCAACAGUGGAGCUUGAACUCGAUACUAAGAGGGAAGAUGAAGUGAUAUUAUCGUUGGACCUAUUAGGUAGUGUACUGCGCGGAGAAAUCAAAUCUCUAAAAUCUCUGAGUAUAUUGGCGGAUGAUAAAAAGAUUAUCACCUUCAGUAUACUCCCGAUGAAUGGGAAAACUGGAGAAACUUUAGUCUAUUCAGGACUGAAGUUUCUCCAAUUGAAUUUUCGAAGCACAGGUCUUUCGAAGGUAGUAUGGGAGGAAUUGGUUCGGUGCAUGCGUGGGAACCACCUCACUCACUUGGAUUUGUCUGAGUCCGAACUCGACGGGGAGGCGUUCAAGGACCUGAUGGGGGUCCUGCAAGUGAACUUGGCUCUGCAAGAAAUCGACGUCUCACAAACCUCAUGGGCAAUGGACGGAAAGGCCGCGCAGAUUCAAGAGGCCCUCAACCAGAACCAGAAGCGGGCCGUCUACAUGUCCAUAUUCAGAAAAGCCAACUUAGCAUUUGGAGAUGCAAAAGCUGGUAGACUCUUCUUGUGCGGCUCUCCUAGAGCAGGCAAGACUCAAUUGCGUAAAACUCUGACGAGGAUAAAUCAAGGCAAAACCAGUCUAUUCAGUAAAUUGGAAGUUUUAUGGAGGACGAAGGGCAUUGAAGUGGAGUUAUUGCAAAAUGAUGACAAGAUGCAAAUCUCAGUUUGGGAUCUUGCAGGACAAUGGAUUUUUCGUACCCUUCAAAAUGUGCUCUUCACUCAAACCAAUAAUUUCUGUGUUUUUCUUUUUUUGUAUAACCCCUUCUGUGAGGAAACAUGUUCAAACAAACCAGACUCUUGUUUCAGAACUGAGUUAGAAGAGUGGUUGAGUUUCAUCACAUCUAGCACUAAAGUCACUGGACGUGAUCUUCCCCAGGUUUUUGUUGUGAUUUCUCACAAGGAUAAAGCCAGAUUCAGUUCUUUGAGUUGGGCUCAGUCCAUAGUGAAAGAACUGACCAAAAGAUUUGCAAAUUCUGUGGAUCUCUGCCCUAUUCCUGAGUAUUUUCAUGUGGAUGCUCGGAAGAAGAAGCAAGUUAUUCCUCUUUACAGCCACAUUUUUGAAAAUUUCAACAAGUUGUUGAGAGAAAAAUCUCCUCAAGUUCCAGAAUUGUGUUCUCAUCUCACCUCCCUAUUGGUUACAAACACCAAGAAGAACAAAAGUUGCCCUCUGUGGACAUCUAAAAAGUUUCAUAGUUUCUGUGCUCCCAUCUUGACAAAAUUCCUUCCACCAUCUUUUGCUCACUCUGUUGAUCAUUCAAGGAUAAUGGACUCCAUCAUAUCCUAUCUGAAUGACGUUGGAUCCAUCAUUUACAUCCCCAGUCUUGAUUACAUCAUUGUCGAUCCUAAUUGGCUCACCAAUACCUUCUUGGGUGAGCUGAUAGCUCUAGGUCAACACUUUCAAGCUCAAGAGUUCGAGUCUUCAGAUGGAAGGAGCUCAUACACAAGCAAGGAUGGAUUUGUGAGUGAGAGUGUCUUUGCUAGAUUGAUAGAGGAGUUUCUGGGAAAACAACCACAUGGACACAGAGGUGUGAACAGAGAGGAGCUUGAAAACAUCCUUGUCAAUUUAGAUUUGUGUUUCAAGGUCGAAGAUACUUCUCAGUAUUUCAUUCCUUCCUUCAUCCCUGAGCAUGCAAGCAAGCAAGAACAAAGAAAUCAAGAAGGGGCGCACGUGGAGUCGAUGUAUUGGGAAAACAGGGGUGAGACUUCACAAUUUGUCGGCAUUCGGAUUCAAUGCCAAGAUGGAAGAACAAUGUCACUUACUGCUGCUUUUUUUCCACGCUUUCAGAUGUUCAUGAGGCGCAAGUUGAUAUCCGAGAUGCAUGUUUCCGAAGAGAAUGUGACUUGCUCUCGACAUUAUCUGCGACUUUUCCUUGACGGGCAUCAAAUAUAUAUCGAGCACGUUCAAAGUGAAAAGUCUCACAAAUACGUUGAUGUUCUGAUGUUAUGCUCGAGGCAGAAGUCAAGGGAGGUGGCUACCAAAUAUGUGAUGAAGCAUAUUGUCCAGGAGUUGAUAUCAUUUUGCGCAUCACCGAAAGGUUGUCCCGGAGUGACGUUAGUGCUUGGUGUGAUUCAAACAUUUUGCGUGGAGAUGUUAAUUCCGAGUCAUCUCAGAGGAGUCAUUCUGAUCGAGAAGCUGAAAUCGGACUUCGUUCGUAGCAUCAAUGACAAACUUGAGGAAAUGUCGUUGGAAAGGUCGCACUUGGUGGAGAAGGAAGAGUUGUUCGACUAUGAGCAGUGUUGGCCUCCUAUUCAAAAGCACACAUUCGGAAUAUCUGAACGAGCUAGGGAUUUGUUGUGGGACAGCGAUGUGGAAGCAAUUGUGAAUGAGAUUCGACAGAAUCGGGUUUAACAAUUGGAGUUGUUGCAGGAAGGCCUAAUUAGCGUGGAGAAUGAUUUGGCUCAGUCCAACCUUGAAGCUGAAAACAUGGUUAGCGACUCUAAUGUCCCUCACAUGAAAGACUACAAACCAUCUACAUCCAAGUGCUUGAGUCGGGCCAGCACAAGUGUGGAAGAUCGUUCGACCCAACUUGUUUUGUUCAAGAUCGAUCAACUAGAAGGAAAGCUAGUACAAAAGAUUGAUGGUUUGGAUGAGAGAUUGAGAUCGGUCGAAAGCAUUGUGCAGAGAUUGGACAUGAAGAUGGGACAGAUACUCUCUUUGCAGCAAGAACUGCAGUCAACGUUGAGUGACUUCAUAGCCAAAGUGGACAGAAUCAUUCAGUAUCCUUAUUCGUUUCAGCAGGCCGGAACGCCCAAACGACCUUACGUUACGAGCGAUGUUGGACUUUUCUGUAGGAUGAAUGCAGUUUUGCAUUUUGGGACAACCGUUCGAUUACACUUGAUGUGUGAGUCCAUGACUGGGUUUCACACUGUCAAAGAUCAAGAUGGGUUGAAGCUACGAUUAGAUUGGAAGAAUUGCGGGUGGAUUCAAAAAACUAUUGAAAUUUCAUACAAAGUCAUGUAUUAUGGUGCAAAGGCUGCAUUGACUAAGACCGUGGGGUUGGGCCAAGCCAUUCCGGACUGGGCAGAUUUAGAAUCGGAUAUUAUUAAACUAGUUGGUAUUAGCGUUGAAGAUCAUAGGGCACUUCUAAAAGGUGGAGAAAGCAAGGAGCUGCAAGAAGCAUGGUUGAGGAUUCAGCAAACUCUUGCGCCUCAGCUUCAAAAUCGCUAUUCCGAAUGCUUCAAGUUGUAUCAGGUGAAAUACGUUAGUUUAGAAAAAGGUAGGCAUGCGUGGGUGUGCGAGAAGUGCAUGAAUAAAGGCCUUCGAUGUGGAGUUUUGACAUGUUAGGAUUUUAAAGAGCUUAGAAUGCCACAAGCAUAUGUUGAGAUCCUAAUGCAAUAUACAACUCUGCAAAAUCUUCUUU